CUGGCUCGAACUUAAGACCUGGCCUUUUGAAGUGAAGGGCACCCAUUAGCCAGGAGGGUGCCAGUACCCCUUAAGAUCAAAUUUGUCAUCAGACUGGCCCUGUUACUUACUUACCGGUGGGGUUGCAGCUGCAGGGAUAUUUAUAGGUUGCAGCAGAGACCCUUAAUGCCCAUACGUAACGCACAAUGGAAGCGCUUCUGAAAAAAAGGCAGGCAUUCUUCAGAACCUCCCAGACCCAGAACCCGCUUCCCAAGAUUGCCCGCCAUGCAUGCUCUGCUUCAGCAGGGUUUGGACGGCCUGGCCUACCACCAAUUGGUUGGGGCAGUGAUGCUGGUUGGAAAAUAGAGAGCGGUGGGUCGAUUCUCAGAGGGCGAGAAGCGUCACCACCCUCACCUGGGCUCGGUCUGGGUCUGGAGCUGGGGCGCGGCUCUGCUCAUGACUGCAGGCUAAUUGGGUGCAUCCCUAGGGUUCCGGCUGGCUUCACCCAUCCUCAGCUGCAAGAGCUAGAGCAACAAGCUCUUAUUUACAAGUACAUGGAAGCGGGACUCCCUGUACCUUGCCAUCUCGUUUACCCCAUCUGGAAGAGUCUGGCAUGCUCCGCUUCUGCCUCUUCUUCUGGUUUAGCUGGUCCCUGUGGUUGCGGGAUCCAUCACCAGUGCUACCCCACCUAUUUGGGUGGAAGCCCUUACUUCUUGGAUUACAAGAGCGGCGUGGAUCCGGAGCCAGGGAGAUGCAGGAGAACAGAUGGGAAGAAAUGGAGAUGCAGCAAGGAAGUGGUUCCAGACAAGAAGUAUUGUGAGCGGCACAUGAACAGAGGCCGUCAUCGUUCAAGAAAGCAUGUGGAAACUUCUCAAAUUUCUGAUAAUAGUAACACUGGCACGCCCCCUACGGACCCAGAUGAUCUCAAGUCCUCCAUCAAUCUGACCAUUUCUCUCCCGUCGAGCAGCACCGUCGAUCCACCGUGAUGCUUCGCCGAGGAAUGUUCUUCAGGGGGUCAGGUACUUGGAGUUGGGAAAUCGAGAAAGUGAACCCUCUUUGUAAUUAUUUCCAGAAACUAUAUAUGUUGGGCAAAGAUUGUGUGUUCUUUAUAUGUUUUGGAGGCGAUCGACCUUUAUAGCUUUUUGGGUUUGAAGGCUUUGAAGUGUUGGGUGAUGAUCUCUGUUACAAACAGGGGACUUUGUCGUCUUCUUUUGUUUUUGCUGUUUGGUGGUAUCGUUUGCUGGGGACUGGAAUGUGUUGGUUUCGAAUUGUCCCUAGUCUCUAGCUCCCUGUGGAAUCCAUCUGUUUAUUAAUAACCAUUCCCCUGUUUUUAA